AUGUAUGGAGGGGUGGGUAAGCACGGGAGGGGAGGGAGUGGCGGGGGACGGGGAGGAGGGAAGCGCUCGCUGCCUCCUCCUGCUCCCUCGGGCCACCUCCAGCGGGUUGGGACCUCUAGCGGUGGCGGCGGCGGCGUCGGCGGCGUCGGCGGCCGGCUUUCUCUCGGGUCUACGGGUCCCUCUGCGACUCGGGAACGGCGCAGCGUCGGGGCGGGCCCCGGUGGCGGAAUGGGCGGCGCCGGGGCACCGGAGGAGACCUUCAGGAUGAUUUCGGCCGAUACGCUCGACUUUGCGGCGAUCAUUCGGCUGACUCCCGACUUGGUGGACGAGAUCAAGCGCCUGGAGGUCCAAGGCGGCGCUGCCAAGAUCAAGUUCGAUUCUAAUUCCAAUAAUUUGUCUGGAAAUGUGAGUUCAAUUACCCAUCUUUUGCUCCUCCAUUCCUUCCUUAUUAAUCCGUGUUUCAUUCAUAUUUUCCAGUGGUUUAUGGUGAUAGGUCAGGUUUCUUUCGUGAUAUUGUGGUCCUAUUUCCCCGUAUCAAUUGAAACAAUUACUACUCCGAUAUGAUCCAUUUUUCAUGUCUUUUAAGUCGGUAGAAUGCGCUCCUACAAUGGAUCUUUUUCGUGAAACUGACUGUGCAUCCAGUGCAUGGAAAUGUGUAUCAGUCAGAAACGUUUGCUGUAGAAUUCUUUUAUGUUGAUCGCUUCUGCUCCUGGAUAUCAUGCACAUUUAAUUUAUGUGGUAUAUGACCUAGGACUACCGCGUGACACUGCUGCUCUGUUGGAAGAUCACAGUGUUUGCAUAUUUCCUGUGGUCUGUAAGAAAACCGAACAUAAGCAGAACAUGUCAAUCAUGUGCGGGUAGCGUCUUCUGCCAGGAAAUUAUUAAUUUUAGAACAGAUUGGGUUUUGCCUGCCCAAAGCUACCAUCUUGCAAUUACUGGUUUUGUCUACCAUAUUGCUGCAAGCUGGCUUGUAUGAUAAUCUAGCAAAUUUAAGAGUUCAAGGUGGUGGCGUGGGUUUGGUUGGUGCUUGGUUGUACGGUGCCUGAAGAUUUAGGAUAAGAGUUGAUCAUUGUCACUGGAAGUAUUGCAAAAGAAUUACUGGCCUUCCUCGAAUAUUACAGUUCGCUGAUGACUUAGUGGAAUUGGUUUCUUUUCUAGAUCAGUAGAUUUGGGGCACACUGGUUGCUAGUUGCUUUGAAUGCUCUAGUCUAUUGUUCGUCCAUAUGCCAGGGAUUAUUGGGUUUGUUAAUCUACUAGGCGUUUCAUUUUUUUCUAAAGAUGAUCAGUGCUGCUUGUCAUAACUGGAUGUCAAGAAAUUGCAUCUGACUGCAACGAAGCCCAAUCUUAAAUCUCAAAUAAUAAAUUUGGAAUGAUUGUAACCGGUUUUUUAUAAAUUGGGUGGGAGAACCUCCACAAUCAGCUGAAGUGUACAGAAGGAAGUUCCCACCUAAGCCCUUUCUUGAUUACUGCGAGGUUACCUACAAUACAUCUGUAUACUCUCUGGAAGCAUACUUAGAAAGAACUCACAAGACAAGUUCCUUUGUGUCAACAUGUAGGAUUUUGAUACUUCGUCCUUUGAAGGUUAUGUGGGGCUUUUACAGGUGAUCAAUUGAUUUUUGUAGUGGAUAUUACUGACAUCCUUUCUAGUCUGUAUGAGGUAGAAAGAGAAACUUUGGAACACUUGUUUGACAAUUGCAUACCUUAAACUAGGCUUACAUCACAUUGAUAAACAUUCACAUAUUAGACAGGCAAGGUGUAAAGCUGAAUUUCGUGGCUUAUUUGUAUGCGAUCUUGUAAGCAACUGAAACAGGAGGGGAAAACACACAUUGUUGAAGAGAAAAAGUGCUACUGCAUUGAAUGUCUUUUAUGUGGGUUUAUGAAAAAGUAAGAGACAAGGUGAGAAAGGUGUUGAAUGAUGCCACAGGUGAGUCUAUAUUUCAAACUUAUUGGGGUUGUACUUUCUGUCGAUCACUAUAUUGAUGUAACACUCUAGUCAUGAAUACGGUUUUCCUGAGAACUCCUAAAUCAAACAUCUGUACUUACUCUAUGUUUUCUAUAAUUUUCAGUUUUUUUUUCCCUUUGUCUUUUCCCAAGACAUUUUAAACAUCAUCUCUCAGUCAAUCCUCUUGGAUCUGUCUAUUAAAUUUUUUUGUUCUCAUUUCCCAAUGCUGUUCUCCAUGAUGUUGACAAGUUGGUGCAGUGCGCUAUCUGUGUCCAUAGAGUAUUAACUGCUGACGUUUGAAUUGAAAUUCCCUCGAGUUUCCCUUUUCAGAGAUAUUUCUCCGGUUUUUUUUCCUGAUUGCAACUAGUUGCAGACCAUUCAUUUACGAUUACCUGAAACCUUGAAUAUUUUGAAUCAAACUUGUGACAGUUUGUAGGUUUCGAUGCAAAUGAAGUUGUAAAUAAGUUCAGACCGGAUACACGACCUCUGGAAUUGGGAACAGGCUGUGUGAAGCAUCGGGGCAGCGUGGACUUUCCAGAAGGGAAUUUUAUCUGAGAUUAGUGAAAAUUGAACAAUUUUCAGCGCAUAUUCCCAAGUUGAACGGGAUGGUCUUCUUAGACUAGUGCAGAAGGACGUGACAAACCCUUGAGCAUGAGAUUCAGUAUACAAAACACAUAGACUUUGAAGUUAUGAAGUUUCAUUCCUUUUACGCAGUGAAGAAAAUUAAAUUUGUGCCUGUGUAUCCUCUUGAUCUGUGUACUAACCAAUGGCUAUGAAGACGGGAGGUGAAAAUAAGAAGUAAAGAAGUAAGGAAAAUGAGUAGGUUCCUUGUUUGAUAUGAUGUGGAGUAACGGAUUAGGCUGAUGGAAAUGACAGUUUAGAUUAUUUAUUUUUUAAGAAAGGUGUCUGAUUUCUAAUUAGGAUGGGAAAAAUUAGAAAACCAUUCUUGAUGUGUGGUAGUCAUAACUUUUAAGGGACUUCCCGAAUGACCAUACCGGGUAAUUCUACCAUACUCUGUGCAGCUAUGGUUAUUGAUCCUGCAAAUCCUACCCCAAGGUUCAGGCCAGAUUGAGAGUUUAAAUUAUUUAUUUUGGAAAAUUGCAUUGAUCCUGGAUCCACCUGUCUUAGAUUUGCCAAUAGAGAGAAAAAGCUGAAUAAAUCUUUAUGUAGACUUCGGAGUGUAUUCAUGCAAAGUCUCAUUUUGAAUGGGGCAGGCACAUAUGUCUCAUUUGCUUGUUCCGCACUGGUAUUGCUAUGUUAUAUUUACAUGAAGAUUUUCUUUCAGAAAACAUUAAACUCAUUAAUGCAAUAGUUCAGUAUUGCAGAGUGAUUUUAAGAACUUGCUAAGCCUUUGUGUACUCAUUAUCUAUGUAUCUUGCAUGUUAUCUCUACUUUCAGAUUUUUUAUGUUUUCUUCAUGAACCAGGUCAUAGACGUGGGUGGCAAGGAAUUCAAAUUUACAUGGUCACGAGAACUUGGCGUAUGUGAUAUCUAUGAAGAACUUCAAAAUGGAGAGGACGGUAAUGGACUGCUCUCUGAGUGUGGCUCAGCCUGGCGCAAGCUUAAUGUCCAACGUAUUUUGGAUGAAUCAUUGAAGAACCAUGUAAAGAUGCGAUCAGAGGAGGCUGAACGCCGCCUUAAAUCCAGGAAGUAAGCUACAUAACUUUAAUAGGAAGUGCUUUAAAUCAUGUUGUUCAUUUAUUCAUUGUCCUUGUGACUUGUUAUUUCAGAAAUCUUCUGACCAACUUUACCAGCUGUUCUUCUUCAUAAAAUAAUUUGAUUCAUUGCAGCGAAUCUGUAUUGAUUCUUGUAUUGCUGGUCGUUUAAUAUAAUAUCUUCAUGCUAAAGAACAUAUGCCAUUAAAUAAUCCCGUUACUAGUGGCACUUAGGUAUUGAAUCUUAUCAUGCAAAACAAUAAAGUAAUGACUAUUUUUAGUCAUUAAUUUUAAUUUUAAUCUGAAGAAUGAGAUACUAUUUGCUCAGAGUUUUUAAGGCUCAUAACUGGGCGUCUGGGCAGCUAGAGCCAAGGUGCUUGGCCACCAUUCUAGAUCAUGAUACAUGUACCCCAACACAUUGCCUAGUAAUUUUGUCAUGUCCAAUGUGCUUGAAAGCGACCAUUUUGUGUGUAUUGUGCAGGCUGAAUGGGUGUUUAUCUGACUCUGACAAUUAGUUUGGUCAGAUGAUGUGAGAGCACAUUUUGUUACAUAUGCAUAAAAGUGUGUGAAUAUGUAUGCUUGCAGAAUGUCCUCAUGUUUCAUUUUCAAUGGAUUGUGUCGGAACCUUUGAGCGUUUUGACAGUUCUUAGCACGUGUUCCUCUUCCAAAAGAAGCGAAUUAAUAACGGUUGAGCAGUAUUACACAUUGUGAUCACUGUCAUUGUUCUCCUGCAUCUCCCUCCUUCCCAUGUUUACCCUUUGUACCCUUGUUUCUCUUCAUUUCCCUCUCCUCUCUGUCUUUUCCUGUCUCUCCAUCUCUCUAUCUUUUCAGCCUCUUCUUUCGUUAAGUCGUCUCUCCAUUAGCUUCACUCUCUCUCUCCCCCCCUCUUCUUUCUCAAUUUCUCAUUGUUGACCAAUUUCCCUUCCCCAUCUUCUCUACCAUCUUUCUUUCUCCAUUCCCCAUGCUCUUCUGGUUUUAUUGGCAACUCUCAAUCCUCCAUGGGCAUGGUUACCUAGUCGAAUGAAUUAAGGAUGGAUGCAUUCAAUCAGGAAUCAAGAUGAUGAACUUACGUAUGAUGUGUACUGGUCAUGGCAGUAUUUCACCAUUAAUGAUUUCAAGUGAAUAUUCUGGUGCUGCAUUCCACGUAGAGACUUCGUUGGAUACAACUUUAGUAGUUCAUUUGGAAUAAUGGGAAUUUGGCCUCCAAAAAGUAGGUUUAUGCUCCUUUUGAGUUAAUUCAUGAAUUUCUGCAUUCAUGAAAGAAAAUGGUGGCUUUUUAUUGUAUGUAUAAAUAUUUUUCCUAUUGAUUUUUGGAUUCAGUGGGCAAUAAAUUAAUUCUUCAUCAUGCUGUAACACGUGCAUCAUCUGGCCUUCCUUUCUCAUAUAUCUUACCCACACACUACAUACAAGUCAACGUUCAUCUUUGCUUGAAAUACCAUGAACUUGCAAGACAGCCCAUCCAAACGAGGGAAAUCUCAGAUGUGUAGAUAAAGAUUCUGUUUACACAUAUCACUUCAGUAGUGCACUGUUGGCCUUUACAACCCACGUACUUAGUUCAGUAUUUACAACACAACACUAAGCAAAACUCGUCCAUAUUACAAUUCAUUACCUGAUUCAAAUUUUCAAUCCGGAUGUUUACUCCAUCGUGAAAUAAGCAUUCCUUAGAAUCAGAGGAUUUUGAAUGCUGUUGGAAAAGGUUUUUAAUUUUACUUUGGAGUUACAGUGCAAUGCAAGUUCUUUUUAUUUGAGGAUUGGAUGUGUUCAGUAGUGAUUGGAUAUUAAUGGGAUUUCUGCUCUCCUUCCAUCUUAGGAUAUAACAUUUCAUCUGCAAAUUCCCAUUGGUUUGUGCAAUUCAUCACAAAGCCACCUUUCUAUCUGACGGAGUGAAAAUGAAUAUUUUCCGACAUUUAAGGGCACUGUUUUCCUUUCGAUUAAGAAAAUUUGGAUCUUCAACUUGCUUAUGCCGCGUAUUAACAUUUAACCAUUUGUAAAGUUGAAUGCCAUUUUCUUUUAAAGCAGUGACCUUUUUCUGUCCUCAGGAGCAUGCAUUUUAUACUGAUAUUGCAUUAUCACACACUACUUUCAUCUUCAACAUAUCUAAAUUACCUUUCAUAAUGCCUCCUAGCUCUUCUAGCUCCCCUUCUAAAAUCCUCGCAACAGUAAGAACUGGACUGUUCAUAGGUAUUCUUACUGGUUUUUUUUUGUGGGAAGAAAUUGUAGAUCAAAUGACAAGAAUCACGUUGCAUUAUUCGUUUGCUUAUAAUUUUUAAUCAAUAUCUGACUGGAAAUUUACUGGUAUAUCUGCGUGCUUACUAUAUUUAAUUGGGCUUACAAUUUCCUAUUGUUGUUUUUAUGAAUAUAAUCUUAUUAAAUUUGAGUAGGAAUGCGAUGCUUUGUUAUUCAAUGGACAUCUCAAGUUUGUUUUAUUGUUUGUCCAGGUCAAUUGUCUUAGACCCUGCAAAUCCAUCUGUAAAGAAUCAAGCCAAAACAUUGGCUGCAGCAGCUGUAGAAGGUGAGGCACUUGAAUUUGAUCUUUGGGAUAUCAUUAAUUUUCUACUACAUUAUUCCCAUUCACAACAUUAUUUUUGGGCUUCCUGUUGGAAGUCCUUGACUAAAACCUAAACAUAUUCAUUUGAUGGAAUAAUAUUUGGCCGGGGCCAAUAUCGCUUUAAUGCAUAACAAUAUAUUUUACGUCAUACUCGAACAUUUCGAAGACAUCCUUUUUUAAAACGGUCUUGUUGUUCCUUAUUUUCCUGUGUAAAAAAUUGUCGAAUACAGUUUUUGUUUAAUUCCAUUAGUGUUGGUCUCACUACUUCACAUUAGCUAUGGCGUUCUCCAUUUAAGGCUUUGAGAAAAUAGUGCUUUUGUUCGUCGUUUUCUAUGUGGAUCACUCAAGAAUGUCAAACAGUUUUCACUCAAUCCAGUGUGACUAGUUAGUUCAUCUUAAGUAAUGCAUUUGAUAUGUAGAUCCUUUUUGUCCGACACAGUCACUUUAGUUUUCUUAUUUCAGCCCCUCUCAUUUUAUGAAAGGAAGGGAAGAGACUCUGGGAAUACAUCCCCGAUUUUAUGAAGCUUGCCUGAGGAAAUAAUUUCAUGGGGUUCAACAUCCACUGUCCUAUGAAGGGGGUUUAGUGUUGUCUUUUGUUCUCACAUACUUCAAGGGUCUAUUCCAUCUGUUUCUUUUUACUGAGGAACAUUCCUGGCCAAAACGCCUGCCUAUGUAGCUGAUUACUUUCUUAGUUGUUUCCAAAUCUUUAUGAUAGAUCAUUCAUCAAGGGGUGGUAUCCCAGCAUUUUGGGAUUAGGGAUAAAUAUGUUGGGAAGGAAAGCUACACAAAAUGGGGAUCCCAAGCUUUUCAGAUUUUCUCUUUGUGGAUGGAUUGAAUUUUGUCUGAAGUAAAGCUAGAGGCAUAUGAGCAACUUGGCUUUGUUGUCAUGAAUGAUGAUUGAAUGUAUCUUUAAAGAUCGGAAUCUCUUUUCUUUGCUCUUGACUGAAACAUAAACCUUGAAUGGAGAAACCUAGUAUGGUAAAUUUUUGCUCUAUUUAGGUGUUCCUUGUAUAAUGUGUGCAGGGUAAUCUGUAUCAUUCUUACCUCAUUCAUUAGAAUACUGAGGUUAUUAAUUUAUCUAAAUAUUGGUCUAUUAAAGAAGAGAAAAUUCAUUGAAUAGCAUUAUCUAUCAUUGUAAGUCUCAUAAUAUGGUUUUUUGCACUGUACCCUGGUUUUUGCAUCUUGGCAGACAUUGAUAAAGAGGUAAUCAUCCUUUAGUGAAUUUACCAUAUGCUCUUAUUCUAAAGUGACAUUUUUAAUAUAAAUAAUGUAAACUCUGUUCAAAGACCUGAUGGAAUAAAUUAGUUGUUGGGCUGGAAUCUUGCUGGAAUCUUACUGGAAUCAUGUGGGGUUAUUUAGCAUUUAAUGUUUUUUUUACGUUGCUGUGUUUUGUAACUCCACUCAGUCUGGCAGAUUUGAUUUGCUGAAGCUUUGAAAAGUCAAAAAUCUAGUGUAGUUUAUUCUGAUAGGUUAUGUGUAACCAUUGUUGCUUUUACUUUAAGGAGGAACUCGUAGGUUGCUGCUUUCUUGGCUUUUCCACGAAGGCAGACAUUACUAAAUUAAAGGAUUUUCUAGCUUUAGAUUCAUUCUAACCCUUAUAAUGAAUGGACCUCUAUAUUUAGUUAUUGGUCUUUUAGUCCAUCAUAAAGCUACCAUGCUUUUAGGUUCAUGAGUGAUAUUUUUGCCUUUCCAUUGUAUUCCAUUAUAAUUGAAUUUCUUAACUAUGGUUAACAAAUGAGGUAUGAAACAACGACUUUACCACUUAGUCUUAAUCUCCUCUUUCCCAUUUCCUGUGCAUUUUCAACUGGGAGAAGGCAGAAGGAAGAGGGAAUGGAGUGGGGUUUGCCAGCUUGGGAGAGGAAGAGGACUUGGGAAGUGUGGUGUAUGGUAUGAACUUCGGGUAGAGGGGUCAGGAAGGAAGCAAUAGGAAAGGAGUGGUGGGUUUAGAGUGGGAAGGAAUGAAAAUGUGCGAGUAGGCAUCUGCCAUGCGAGGAACGGAUAGCAAGGAUGAAGAUGCAUGGAGUAUCUAAGCUUUUUCAUCAUGUUCGAAGUUUAAGAGAAUAUAACAAAUGAGUUAAGAAUUUUCUCCGUAUAGUUUCCAUCACUAAACAGCCUAUGUGCGGCUUUAUGAGACUAUAAACUGCAGAAGUAAAUUAAGUGGGGCCUUCUUCCAAUGGUUUGCUGGGAUGUAAAGCACGAAAUCGUAAAUCAAUGAGGUUUUUCAUUAGAAUGUCUUAACUGACUUGUUCAUUGUUUCAUUUGUUCUAAAAUUAACGUAAGUUAGAUCCUCUCAUUUGCUUGACAUUGAUGUUUGAUGACAAUCUUGUUUUUGAAGGUGAUAUAUGUUUUCGAUAGUUUGCAAUUAAUUGGGUGAACAUUAUUAUAUUGUAAUAUAAAUGUAGCAAUACCAUUUAAGAAACAAGAGCUCAUUACGCUCUGUGGCUUAAAGUAGUAUCUGACGAAAUACCUUAGACAAUGCUUCAUGUAGACAAUUGACAGCCAGACAGAAAGCUUGAUCUUUCUUGCCUUACCUAUGGUGCAAGGAGCAAUGACAUUUGGUUUCAUAUUUUUACUCGAAGUGUUUAAUACUCUUCUUCCUGAACUGUGGGUAAUGUGGUCACUUAAAAUGUUCUUACUGAUUUUCGUUUUCUUUUUGCUGCUAGGUAAUAUGCGAAGGAUGCAUUGGAAAAAGGACCAAUUUAAAAAGAGGAAAAUGGAUACAAGUAUGGGUACAGGAACUCCCUUUCUAACCUGAAUAUCUGGCUUAUCUAACCAUUCACGGGUUGCCAAUAUCAUCAAUAAUGAUUUGUCUUGUGAAGGAAAUAGGCGAUACGUUAUGGUUGUCACUGCUUUUUGAUCAUAUCCGGUGUUUAUGAUAUUUCACAAAUCUGAUUGAUUUUGCACCUGAUACCUUAGGUAGAUGUUGUUCCUUGAAUCAGGACGGAGGUUGUCUGAACGGAUAUGGAGAAAACAAAAAAAUGAUGGUUUAGACGUGUUGCAACUUGUAUGAUAUAGGUUCUCAUUUAUGUCCCUAUUUGUGAGUUCAAUGUUACGACUUGAAUCAGAUUUGAGGAUAGCUGCUGUUUCUAUACAACGUUUUAAUACAAUGGGCUGGCAGUAUGAGUUUUUGUUUAGUCCUAUGGUUUGAUUUGCUUGCCUCAAUUAACAGAACUGUGCGAUUUAGAAUUUUUGCCCCUGAUAUGUCCUGAAAUAGCUAUUUAACUAGACAUGCUUAACAUGCAUAUUUUAUUUUGAUCUCAUAAAAAAUGUGCUUUACGAUAUUUUUAUCUUGUGAAUAGCUUAACUUCAAGUCUUACUGAUAAUCUUCUCGGUAGUUUUUUUGUAUGUUGAAGCGUUUUGGUGUUGUUCAUUCUGUUUUAUUUUAUUGUUCUAGUUACAAGCACGGUCGCCUCAAAACCUGUGUUCAAAUCUGGAACGCCUUCACAUAUUUCUAGUGGGAGCCUGCCGUCCAUCUCACCUCAACCAUCACCUCCUGAGCAAGCUGGAAUAACGGCUUCACUAUCCUCUUUUGGAAUGGCAAAUCCUUCGAGAGGCCAUGCAGCAAUGGAUGAAGAACAUGCCCCACUUACAUCAAAUGGGGACAAUGCUAACUCAGAGAGGGACCUGUCAAACAGGGCUGGCCAUGGAUCAAUGCGCAGGCCAGUUGCAAGUAAAGGGGUCUCAGGCUCUCAGCCAGUGGAAUUGCGGAGCUUUUUGAUUAAUUUACUCUUGGGUAGUCCCAAGGGAAUGAGCUUAAAGGUAUGAUACGUUUCAAAGUAAAAAGGGAAAUUCAGAUGCAUGCAAGUUCUGUCACUAUAUUGUUUGGGAAACCUACUGACUAAUUAACUACCCAUGAGUCCUCUGAUAUCCGACCUUAGUGUACUCCAUUCUUGUUGGUAAUGAACCUUGGUGUGUUUUGUCUUAUUCAUGUUUUCGUGUCAUGAAGUGUUUCGCUACUGUUACCUACAACUCUAUUCCCCUAAAUAGUUGCAUUGAAGUCCUAACCGACAAUACAGAUCAGGAAAUAAUAUUACUUCUGGGUGCUGUACCUUAGAUUCUUGGUGAGAAUUUGUUGGAAUGGAUUGCAGUGCCACUGCCAUGACCUUGGUUAUUGCCAACUUAAUAAAAGUGAAAUGAUCAUUUCUGUGAUCUUUAAGUCUUAUUCUUUAUAUGGAAGCCUGUGGUGCAGAAGUCAAAACGACGUCUAUCUUUUAUUUGACUAAAGUUUUAAUCACCAAAAAUCCUGUCGAUAGUUGCAUCAUUUCUAGUUCAGGUAAUUGUGCCGCUUCUUGAUUUUAAUUAACUUCAUCUGUACUUGUACUUCUGAUCUUAAUCUGACCGAUUGGAUUGAUACCUGAACCAAUUCAGGUUGGUGGGGACAAGGGAAUUACGAUUCCAAAUUCUUUGUGAUUGAGGUUUCCAAUCAAUCCAUAUUAAUUUAUUAUAAAAGAUCAUAAAUUAUUUUGUGCUCUCCUUGUGACUUUUCUUCGCUUUUUAUGUCAUUUUGAUAAUAAAAUUAUGAUCACACGAGCGGAUUCCUGGGAUUCGAUCUUAUAAUUUCCGUUGUUGGAUGCAAAUGAUGUUUAAAAUGAAAUGGUUGCUUUCUCAGGGUUUGGAGAAAGCUGUGGCAGAAACAAUGCCCAAUGCUGGAAAGAAGAUCGAAAGUAUUAUAAAAAGCGUGAGUGGAUUAGUUGAUUUUUGGGUGCCUUGAUUAGGAUACUUUCUGAUAGUUUCACCUAACUUUUUAAUCUCGUUAACAGAUAGCAACCUACCAAGCUCCAGGACGGUAUCUUCUAAAGCCAGGAGUUGAAGUGGACUUCUCUAGAAAACCUCCAUCUGAAAGUGGAAGGUAUGAAUGACAUUAGUUUCUUUUCAUUUAUUCCACUAGAUGAGUAAUGUACUGAAUUUCGCUUCAUAGAUAUUUUAAUUAUUCUUUCAAUACGGUGACAUGAAAGUUGAUAUUAACAGUACUGGAUCUUCUUCUGAAACCAACCGUCUUUUAUGCAAAGUUAUAUAAUUGGAGAUGAAAAUUUGGUUGUCAUAAUUCUUAUCUCUGUGCAAGAACCUAUAAUUUAUAAGCAUUGCUUUUGUAUUUUGUGGUCCAACUUGCUUUUUCUUUGCUAUAACAGCCCUGAUCACCAUCCUGAGAGAAGGUCCGUCUCAGAAGUAAUAGAGAAAGACAAUGCUCAAGAUCUUGAGCAUAAAGCUCAGUUAACUCAGCUUACAGAAUCAGAUAUCGAAAAAAUUGAUAUUGAAAAAAGCUCUCCUGAUCUUUCAGCAAUUGAUAUUAAGGUUGACGAUGAGAAUGAGGAAGGCGUAUGCAGCUCUAGUGAAAGUGGAAGCGAUAGUGAUAGUGAAAGUGACAGUAGUGACUCUGGAAGUGACAGUGGAAGUCAGAGUAGAAGCAAGAGCAAAAGUCAAAGCCCUGUGGGGAGUGGAAGUGCAAGCAGCAGUGACAGUGAAAGCGGUGAUUCCUCCAGUAGCAAGGAGGGAUCUGAUGUUGACGUGGACAUUAUGACAAGCGACGAUGACAAAGACGAAACUGGGAAUAAAAUCUCUAACAUUUCAAGAUUGUCUCCUCCUGGGGAAGGGAAGUCAUCUUAUGAAGAUCACGAAGAAAAUGCCUCUGAAAGAGCAAAUCAGGUCAUCCAAAGGACAUCUCCAUCUGAUUCACAUGAUUACUUGACAGGUAGUAAGUCUUUUGCGGUUGAAGAUAUGGAGAGAAGAUCUAACAAUGCAAGGAUAAAGGGUUCUCCAUACUCUCAAGCUACAACUACAGACAAUGUUCUGCAACCGAAUCCUCGGAAUCCUCGGAAUUCUGGAGAAGAUAUGUCUUUAACAGCUUCCUCUCGAAAUUAUAACUUGGACAAAAGUGAGCAUUUUGUCGGUCCGAGUCCCAGUGAUAAACAAUUAUUUGGAAAGGACCGCCCUGAUCUUGAACAGCUUGAUAGUGUGGAAAAAAUUUCAAAAGGCAUAAAUAAAAGAACUGAUCCAAAGCACUUCCAAGAGAAGCCCGGAAGUAACAAGAGGCCAAGGGGUUCAAGUUCAGGUGGACAGUUAUCCUCUGUAAAGAUUAGAGAUGAUAAUCUUCCUCCAAAAUCACGCAAGAUUUCACCAGACAGACUAGAAACAAAUCAAAUCAAGAGUUCAAGAUUAAUGGCCAGUGACGUUGACAUAAAUGAAGACGCAUUUGAUUCCAAAAGAACAUCUGACAGUGCAUUGGCUGGAAAAUGCAUAAAAGAAAAUGGAGAUCGCAUUAAAUUGAUCCAAGAUAUCGUGGAUUCUGAUUCUCGACAAUUAGCACAAAUGGUCGGAAAUACCAUUGGAAGAGCCAAGGCUUCUGAUGGUGCAGAGAAAUCUGGAAAGCUUAUUGAGAGGUUCAAUGGCGCUAGUAAGCAUUCAGAAAAGUCAUUUGGCCGUCUGGAUGGAUCAGAUGUAUCUAGUUCAAGGAGUUCGAGCAUCCAUGACAAGUUUUUCAUGUCCAAGGACAUGCUGAACAAAGAUAUCCGAGACGUGAUCAUGGAUGUUAAUGAGAAAUACUCAGCCAAACACGUUUCAGAUGAUAUUGGAGGAGACAAGCUACCUUCGUUUAUUGACUCAGGUCUCAGUAAUCUUGCUGAUCAGAGUGGAAUUCAAAAGGAUUCCAAACAGUUAUUAAACUCGCAUAAGGCUGACGUCGAUAAAUGUGCUGCUUCUAGCGAGAAAGUUGUUCCCCUGAGAAGAGAGCUUUCAGAGCUAGAGCUGGGCGAAUUUCGUGAACCACUUUCUGUUGAAGACAUCAAAAAACGUAAGAAGCCAUCUGAGAGAAAAGGUCCUUCCAAGUACUCAGAGAGUAAACUGAACGUGAUGGACAACUUUAGUUCAGAUUCGAAGAAAGGAAGAACCCCAGCAAAGGCCUCCAAUGAGUUAAAGAGAGAGUCACCUUAUUUGUCAAAAUGUGGAAGUCAAGCCAAUCAAGAUGGGCCUGGCAGAAGGGUGCUAGAUAGUGACACAACGGAUUGCACAAUUUCUCAGCAGCGAACAACCGUUUCAUCUCAACUUCAACAGUGCUCAAGAGUAGACCGACCUGAAAGUGACUCUGCCUCUCAUUUGGAUCUGCUGUCUGAUACAGCUGGUAAGAAUGCAAUGAAAUCUACUCAAGAAAUUCGCCAGGAAGGCUCUGGGGCUCGUCAUAAAAGAUGCUCUAGUAGUUCUUUGAUGCAACUAGAUACAAAGCAAAAUGGUCAUAUGACUGCCAAAACAUCCAUCGAUAGUAAGCCUAAAAUCAAUAAUGGGCUCAUAGAUUCAUCUGAUCGGAGUAAAGAAAGCUUUCGGGUGGAGAGCAUUACAAGUACUGGACAAAAGGACUUUUCUUCUGAUGAAGAUGACUCAUUUUAUGCCAAGUACGAUAAGGAUGAACCGGUGCUGAGGGGUCCAAUAAAAGAUUACUCUCAGUAAGCAACUAAUCUGUUGCCUGCAUGUCAUAAACUAUGAAAUUUUUCAUGUGACAUUUCUCUCAUCUGUGUUGUCAUCGUAUUCGUAAAAGCUGCCUACGCAUGGCUUUACUAAACUUUUCCGUACAUUUAUUCGCCCAUAAUGGAAUACAAGUUACCAGUCUGGACCCUUUUCAUUUGGGAAGGAGGAAGAGCUUAUAAAUGUCCAUUUUAAAAAUGAUUUCCAUUAUUUUUUUGGGUUUAAAUAAUUUAUUUUGUCCAACAUAACUGUACAGUUAUUUAUUUAUGACACCUUCAGCAAAUCAGGGUUAUUGAGGACACUAUUAGACGCUUUCUUGUUCAAGUUGGUGCAUUGGUCAGUCUUCUUACAAACUAAUGCAUUCACGGACUGAUAAAUUCAUAUUGUUCCCCUAACAUUCUUCUCUCUGUACAUAUACAUCAUACAUGAGUUAUCCAUGCACGUGUAGCUUGCUACUCUCUCCAUAUUUUAUCUAGUACACGGACAAUGAGGAGUCUUGACUGUGAAUGCAUGAUUCAUUCACGAAUCUAAUUCGAAUGUUUUGUAUUAACAGGUACAAAGAAUAUGUACAGGAGUAUCGUGAAAAGUAUGAUUGUUACUCAUCACUAAACACUCACCUUGAGAAAUAUCGGUAAUAUGCAAAUGCUGUGUACAUUCUUACAGUAUCUUCUUUCCCAGUUUGUUACUUCUUUCUGAUAGUUUUUGAGUAAGAUGGUUUAAUUUUGAACUCACUGUGUACAUUCUACUUUAUGCAGGAAUGAGUUCUUGAAGGUUGGUCGUGAUCUUGACAUGCAUAAGGGAAGAGACAAAGAAGCAUAUCGCAAUAUCUCAGAACAGAUUUUGCAAAUGUAUCACCGAUGCAGAAAGGUAAAUAUGAGUUAAAAUUUACUAUUGAAAUCUAUGCAAAUGGAAAUUAUACAUUUCUUCUUGAGCUCUAUGUAGAAAAACUCGAAGUUCCAUCAUGUUGAUGAGCUGUUCUUGCCUGUUGGCAUGUAAAAUCCUUUGCUUAAAUAUUUUAAUAGGAUUCCUCAUUUAUAUCUAUGAUUUGGCUGUACCUUUUGAGUUAGCUGCAUGAAUGUGUUUGUUGGACAUGAUGUUAAAAUCUUGUCGCUUGUAUUUAGUGGUUUGAACAUCACAUGCAAUUUAUUGGUGUGGAAACCUUACCGCCAAUAGGUUGUAACUUUGCAAGUAUACGUUUUGGAACUUUCCAGAACUCACAAACCAACAUUUCCAACAAUUUCUGAGUAAUUGGAAUUUAUUUGAUUCUAACCCUUUAUAAAAUAGAUGUAUUCAUCUACUUGUGGAUACUAUGUCUAUUCUUCCUUGGGUUACCAUAAAAUGUCGAUGAAUUAUAGAUGCUUUAUCUCAUGACUAUCAUGGUUGAAGAUCGGAUCGUCAUACAUGAGUAAUUAUUCUCAUAUCCUUGGGUUUUCGGAACUUUCUGUAGUUUGAGUCCAUUAUUACAAUGUUUCCUAAUUUAAAGCUGUGCUUUUUCUCUUGCGAAAUAUAAUUUUUUGUUGUUAUCCUUAUACGUUCCUGUUGUUCUAACACUACAGAAACACUCUCGGAUGAAGAAAAUAUUUGUUGUUCUUCAUGAUGAGCUAAAGGUAUAAUCAGCUGUUUCUUGACUUCUAUAUUUUCUGGGGCGUAGUUUGGUUUUAAAGGUCAUAUUUUUUGUCUUCUUGCAGGCCCUUAAGCAGAGAAUAAGAGAUUUUUCGGAAGAGUACAGUAGAAAUUGA